AUCAUCAAAAAAAGUUCAUAAGAACUCUAUUUAUUUCUAGCUUUUAUAAUAACAAAAAAUUAAUUUAUAUAUUAUAAUAUAAUUGUAGUAUUAUCUAAAAAUCUUAUCAUAGUUAGAGAGACAAUAUUCAAUAUUUAAUACUAUUCCUUUGGUUGUGUAAUUAGCGGAACAUCUUAUCAAUCCAAGUCUUAUGAUUCUACUUUAUGAAUAAUUUAAAUCAUAGUUUUUAAUUAUAUUGAAAAUCUUUUAAAUAAUAAUUUAUAAAAUUAUUUAUAAAAAAUAGUGCAAUAUUAAUACAAUAAUGACGAAAAAAAAAAAAACGUUGACGAAUAAACUCGUAAACUUACCAGGAGCGUGGCAACGUCGUCCACCGAUAUAACGAAUAAAAAUGUUUUGCCACACGGAUCAAUCUUGAUCCGUGUCGCGAUUCUGACCUUCUUUAAUUGUCGAUAGUGGAUUUCAAUGCGCUCUUUCGAAAAAAUGAUCAUAUAAAGUAUUUAGAGAAAACACGUGGAAAACAUGAGCAAAUGUAAACAAUAGCAUAAGGGUGCUGCAAUUAUUUAAAAUGAAAGUACCUUCGUAAUGGCUGACUAACAAAUGCUUGUUUCACUGAUUUGUUUAAUUGUCAACUCAUGGAGAUUUUUAUCUCGAUUACUGAUUGAUGAUCGAUCUCUCACAGUGUAAGUAAUCGAUUGUUUGAAAUGGCGGAUUACAAUGAUAAAUGUACAGAAGACUGUUCAUUUGAUUACAGUGAGGAUAAACAAAAAGGUGUAUGUUUAAUUAAAGAAGAAUUUAUUAUAGAAGAUCAUAUAAGAUUUCUAAGUGAAAAGUGUUUAACUGAAACUGAUAAACAAAAAGUUUUAAAUAAUACAACUAAUAUAAAUGAUGAUACUUCUUUAUUAGAUGAACCUCCAACCAAAAAGUUUAAAAAUGAUGAUAAAAAAGAAAAACUUAGAGGACAGAAUAAAGCAAGACCACCUCCAUUUAAGACACAGCGUGAAUUAAAUCUUUGUCCAUGGAUAGCAGAUCAAGCAGUAGAUGAACCUGAAAAGAAAUGUGAUAAUAAACGAUGCAUAUUUUUACAUGAUAGAAUUGAAUAUUUAAAAAUUAAGCCAGAUGAUAUUUCAGAUGAAUGUCAUCUCUUUAAGCUCAGUGGUAGAUGUCUAUGGGGCACUACUUGUAGAAUGGGUUCUAAACAUUUAACAAAAGAUGGUUUAAAUAUUAUUGACAAGGAAAAAGAGAAAGAAUUUAAAAAAAAACCUCCAUUUACAAAAAAUCAUUUAAAUAAAAAUAUUCAAAUUCUAUUAAGAAAGCAUAAAUAUAAUUUCUACAAAGCUGAAAAAAUUGUUAAAAUAAAUGAACAUUCUAGAAAAAAUUCAGGAACAGAAAGUGUUAAACAAAUUGAAGAAUCCUCAAAUAAAAAUAAGUUAAAUAUGAAGGACAAUUUAAUGUUAAAUGUUUCCGUUAAUGAAACUAAGAAUGAAAUUUCUAAAAAUCAAAAUACAGAAAAAAGAAUUGGUCCUAUUGAAGACUAUGAUUUAAUAAAAUGUAGAAACUCUGAAAAAAAAACAAUUGAUUGGAAAAAUAAGAUAUUUUUAAGUCCUUUAACAACAGUAGGCAAUUUACCAUUCAGAAGAAUCUGUAAAGAAUAUGGAGCAGAUAUAACUUGUGGAGAAAUGGCUUUGGCACCAAGAAUAUUGAAAGGAGCCCAUGAAGAAUGGGCAUUAGUGAAAAGACAUGAAUCUGAAGAUAUUUUUGGUAUACAGUUAUGUGGAAAUAAUCCAGGAGUAUUAACAAGAUGUGCACAAUUGUUAAAUGAACAAAUUGAUAUAGACUUUAUUGAUUUGAAUCUAGGUUGUCCUAUAGAUCUAAUUUACAGACAAGGAGGAGGCAGUGGUAUGCUGAAUCGAUUAAAUGUUCUAGAAACUGUUGUAAAAUCUGUUAAUCAAGUUAUGAAUAUACCUUUAACUGUAAAAACUAGGACAGGUGUAUAUAUAGACAAACCUAUUGCACAUACUUUGAUGCCAAAAUUUCGUGAUUGGGGUGUAUCCAUGAUUACUGUACAUGGAAGAUCUCGUGAACAGAGGUAUACUAAAUUGGCUGAUUGGGAUUAUAUAGAAAAGUGCGCAAAAACAGCACAUCCUAUUCCAGUUUAUGGAAAUGGAGAUAUUUUAUCUUUUGAUGAUUAUCAAAGAAUUCAAGAUACAUAUAGUUCCAUUUAUGGUGUCACUAUAGGCCGUGGUGCGCUAAUAAAGCCUUGGAUAUUCACAGAAAUAAAAGAAAAAAAAUUGAUUGAUAUAUCAAGUACAGAAAGAUUUGAAAUCUUAAAAAAAUAUUCUAAAUAUGGUCUUGAACAUUGGGGUUCGGACACCCGUGGUGUUGAAACAACAAGAAGAUUUAUGUUGGAAUGGAUAUCUUUUUUACAUAGGUAUAUUCCUGUUGGAAUAUUAGAAAGACCGCCGCAAAGAAUAAAUGAAAGACCUCCAUUUUAUAAAGGCCGCGAUGAUAUGGAAACUUUAAUGGCCAGUUCGAACUGUGCAGAUUGGAUUAAAUUAUCAGAAAUGUUAUUAGGAAAAGUACCCAAAGGAUUUCAUUUCUUACCAAAACAUAAAGCGAAUUCAUGGAAAUAAUAUGUCACGUAAACAAAAUAAUUUUAUAUUAUAAUAUUCCUUUCCUUAUUUUAAUAAAUAUUCAUCGCACGGAAUAAAUUUUAGGUGAAAAAAAUGAAAAA